AUGGAUCUUUCUCUGCGUUGUAAUUCGCUGAAGUGUCGUCAACGUCUUGUCGACAGAGCCGUCGUUACAACUUGCAGUCACAUCUUUUGUGUGCCAUGUUCGGAUGCUCUCGGUCUUUCCAGCUCUGCGAAUGGUGUCCGCAUGUGCCCUGCCUGCGAUGCCCAACUUGCAAACCCAGAUGACGCCGUCGUCACACAACUCAACCCCACCGAAGACUACAAGACGAGCGUUCUUAGUGGACUCAGCCCGACCAUCAUAAUGGAGUGUUGUGGCCGCGGCAUAUCGUUCUACCAAUACCAGGUGACACAGGAGAUCAUGUAUCACGACUACAUGGCAAAGAAUCUGGCCGACAGAUAUGCUAGUCUCAACUCUCAGAUGGACAAUGUCAUCAAGGAUGCCAACUCUGAGAUCGGCGGUCUGAGAGCAAAGCUGGAGAGAAUGCACAUGGAGAAGAAGACGCUCGAACAGAAGAACCAAGAGCUGAUCAACGCCUUCAGCGAGAAAAGCAAGGCGCACCAGCGCUUGUCCAAGCUAUACAACCGAGCCAGGGGCGAGCAGGACGCUCGGCAGAUCCGACACACAGCGGCAGACGAAGUGGACCAUGUGAUACAGUCGAUGCAGGCACCUGGCUUUGUCGAAGGGCCCCAUGACAGGACACCUCGAAGACCAUCUACAACUUCAGGAAGAGGAAAUCAAGAUUUGCCCGAAGUGUACAGUCAUGCCAGAAUUGGAAGCCUCAACGGCAACAAGCAUCAGACUUGGGAUAGCCAGGGCUCUCGGGCAGGUCCACAAUCAUCGCAGUUCUCGCAGAACACAGGCUCACCAACUCUUGGGGCCAGCAUGCCUGGUUAUGGCCUCAGACCACCCACAUCCGGCCAGAGACAAGCAACGCCAAAUCGUCAACCUCUUGGUGAGAUGAGUCGCAACGCGACAAGCAGUCAAGGAUACGGCAACUACAGCGGUGGUGGAGGUGGUGUCAAGGUUGGCGCAAACACGGAGAGACGGCCGUCUCAGAUGAUCAAUCGCAAUCUCGCGCGAGUGGUGCACAGAUGA